CGAAAUCCAAACACGUGGCGCCGUGAGUUUUGGGUCCCACCCCAUCUGCCUCGUGUUUGGCCCCUCGCGUCUCGCGGCCACCACCGCCACUGCCGCCUCCUCCUCCUUCUUCUUCGCUCUCGGCUCCCCUCACACGUGAGCCAGGGCCGAAGAUGAGCAGCCAGAUCACCUGCCUCGCCUGGGUGAGGCGAGGGGUCGCCAAAGAAACGCCGGACAAGGUGGAGCUUAACCCCAACGAACUCAAAAGUCUCAUUGAAGAUGCACGCGAGAAAGCCAAGAGUGAGGGCCUGGACGUGGACGACAUCGAAGAGGAUGCAGCAGCAGCAGAGGAGGAGGAGGAGGAGACGCAGGACGUGAGCCAGGCGGCAGCAGAUGGCGCCCGAGCAGCUGCACGGGCGCAGAGAGAGACUGAUGAACUCGCCGAGUAUCGGCUGGACGAGUACGACAACGACGAAGGCAUGGGCGGCGUGAUGGAUAGCCUGGCGGGCCUCGCUGUGUAUGCCAACAAUGACGAUGACCCAUACAUCACCCUCAAAGACACGGAGGAAGAUGAGCAGGAGGACUUCAUCAUCAAACCAUCGGACAACCUGAUCGUGACGGGCAGGACUGCCGAAGACUGCUGCAGCCUGGAGAUUUACGUUUACAAUGAAGCGGAAGACUCCCAGUAUGUGCAUCACGACAUGAUCCUGCCGGCGUACCCGCUCUGCGCCGAGUGGCUCAACUUUGACCCGAGCCCAGACAGUCGCGUCGGAAAUUUCUUGGCGGUCGGGAGCAUGAAGCCUACCAUCGACGUGUGGGACCUGGAUCUCGUCGACGGACUCGAGCCCGUGUUCAGGCUCGGUCGCAAGAAGCCCUCCAAGAAGAAGAAGAAGACAAAAGGCAAAAAGAAGGCCGCUUCGGAUGGAGAUUCCGAAACGACAUCGGAGGGACACACAGACGCCGUGCUCGACCUUUCCUGGAACCACAACGCAAGGAACGUGCUGGCGAGUGCCUCCGCCGACCACACGGUCAUCCUGUGGGACCUGGUGCAGGGCAAGGUGGCGACAACAUUGGAGCAGCACACGGACAAGGCGCAGACCGUGGAGUGGCAUCCUUUUGAAGCACAGACGCUCAUCUCUGGCUCCUACGACAAGUCCGUGGUGCUGUACGAUUGCCGCAGCCCGUCGGACAGCCACCGCAUGUGGCGCUUCAGCGGGGAGGUGGAGAGGGUCACUUGGAACCACUUCUCCCCGUUCCACUUCCUGGCCAGCACAGACGACGGCUUCGUGUACUGCCUGGACGCGCGAUCGGACAAGCCAGUCUUCACCCUGCAGGCGCACGAGGAGGCAGUUACGGGCCUGGUGCUGAGCUCGCAGGUGAAGGGCUGCCUGGUGACCUCCUCUGCCGACAAGCACGUCAAGGUGUGGGACAUCCUGGCCAACAAGCCCAGCCUGGUGCACUCCCGUGACAUGAAAAUGGGCAUCAUCUACUGUGCCAGCUGCAGCCCCGACAGCCCCUUCACAUUCGCGUUCGGAGGGCAGAAGGACGGCCUGCGUGUGUGGGACAUCACGAACGUGAAAUCAGUGCAAACGGCGUUCGGUUCCCGGGAGAGGCUGUUGGUGUCCCAGCCAGAUGUGGAUGCCUCUCCUUCAACAUCCUCGGACUCUGCACCCAUGGAGAGCUGAGGCUGGGACCCAAGGGACGAGCGGAUUCUUAUUCUGAGCGCGACAAGAUUUAUUGUUUGUGUUAUUUUGUUUUGCCUUGCACCACCCCACGCUAUGAAUUUAAAUCUCCUGAGUGGUGCUUGUGGACAAGUGCUCAGCGAGGCCCCCUCUGUGCACGGGUGUAGGAAAGAGCUGCAGUUUAUCUUUGAAGUUUCAGACCGUUGAACAUUGAUAGAGCCAAAGUACUUUGAGGACCAACUGGGAGCUUUAAUUUUACAGCCUCAUAUAAAAGUACAAAAAAUAUAUAUUCGUCUUUCCAGAGCCCUGCUGAAUGUUGACUUUUAAUUUGAAACAUGUUUGAGAUAGUUUACUGCUGAAAUGAGCAUGGGGGGAGCACCAUCUCUCUACAUUUCCAUAAGACUGGUUGAAGUGUUUAAAUUUGCACCUUUGUAAUGCCCAUUUUCCCGACCAAUAGCCUUGCAGUCCCUACCCUUGAAAAAAAGAGCUUGUUAAAAUUAUUUAAAUGUAAUGUCCAUGUUUUUCACAUAUGGAGCUAUUCACAAGGAGAUGCUCCUCAUACAAUAAUUGAGGGGUGUCAUGGAACGCGUAUUAAACCACUCGAAAGCUGUUUUUUUUCUUUAUUAAGAGUAGGUGCAUUGAAUGGCUCAAACGGCUAUAUGUGGGGAUAUUACAAUAAAAUAAACUAUCAAAAAGGA